CCUCCCUCGUCUAUAUAAGUAUGUGUAAUUUAGAUGAAUUCCCCCACUAUAAAACGUUUGUGCCCUAACGCCGAUCUCUCUCUCUCUUUCUCUCUCCACCCGUUUCUUCGCCUUUUCUUCCUCCUUUCCCUUCCACCCGCGUCGCGCCCUCGAUCCUCCCCGAAUUCCUGCAAGAUCUUUGGAGAUACGGCUCGACCCCGGAUCUUUGGAGCUCGGGUUUUCCUCGCGCCGCUUCUGCUUAGGUUUUCGCCUCCGGGUCCUCUUCUUUCAUUUCUAGGGUUUGUGCGGUUAAUGCGCGUUGGGGCUCUUUGCGCUUUUGGUCGGCCGCCCGAGUUCCACGGCAUUGGAGGAAUAUCGCCCUGGGAAGUGGCCUCUGCUCACGGUCGGUGGGUCAGUCGAGUUUAGGGUGUGAGGCCAUCGCGCUCGAGGGGGGAAUCGAAUUCAUUUGUUUCUGUUGUGGAUUAAGUUUUGGUUCGCUGUUCUGUUCUUUUGGCCCUCGCAGCAGUCGGAGCGAGUUUGAGAGGACGGUGUUACCUUCUGAUUUUCUUGAAUUACCAAGUGGAAUAGUGGAAGCUUGAAUCCUUCAAGAGAAGAGGCCCAUCGGACCACGGUUGUGGAGGAUAAUCGUUGUUUUCGUCUUCAGAUUCUGAUUUUUUGGUGUUGUGGCGAAAAGAUUUGUCUUCGCUGUUUCUGUUGUCAUUGUGGCUCUUUAUAUUUUCACUUUUCUGGUGCAUGUCUAUCUGCUAUUGCACUCAUCUCAUCAGUUGUGCUUGUCUAGAGAGUAUUCUUUCGCGUUUUCUGCAUUGGAAGAGGGGAAUAAGGAAGUUCUUUAAGGAGGCAUCGGGUACUGACUGUAGGAUAGCUUUUCAUGGGUGAUCAUGGAGGACGGGAAUGGCUUGGUAACAUACUUCCCAGUGGUCUUUUGCCCAGGGAAACAACCAAUGUGACCCAAGUGCUUGAUGCAGACAGAUGGACUAAGGCAGAGGAACAAACUUCAGAGCUGAUUGCACGAAUUCAGCCAAAUCAAUCAUCUGAGGAGCGGAGAAAUGCUGUAGCCGACUAUGUCCAGCGGCUCAUUGCAAAUUGCCUCUCCUGUCGGGUUUUCACAUUUGGGUCGGUGCCUCUCAAGACUUAUUUACCUGAUGGAGACAUUGAUUUGACCGCAUUCAGUGAUAAUGAAAAUUUGAAGGAUACAUGGGCUACUGCAGUUUGCGGUGUAUUAGAAAAUGAAGGAAAGAGUGAGAAUGCUGAAUUUCGUGUAAAAGAAGUUAAAUACAUCCAAGCAGAGGUAAAGCUCAUAAAAUGUCUUGUUGAAAAUAUUGUUGUGGACAUUUCUUUCAAUCAGGUUGGUGGCUUAUGCACACUUUGUUUCCUUGAAGAGAUGGACAAAGCGAUAAAUCAAAACCAUCUAUUCAAGCGGAGUAUUAUAUUAAUUAAAGCUUGGUGUUAUUAUGAAAGCCGUAUUCUCGGUGCUCAUCAUGGACUUAUAUCUACAUAUGCCUUGGAGACUUUGGUUCUUUACAUAUUUCAUAUCUUCAAUAAUUCAUUUGCUGGCCCACUUGAGGUCUUGUUUCGUUUUCUUGAAUUUUUUAGCAACUUUGAUUGGGAUAACUAUUGUGUUAGUCUCUGGGGACCAGUUCCUAUCAGAUCACUUCCAGAUAUGACUGCGGAACCUCCUAGAAAGGAUAAUGGUAAUUUGUUGUUUAGUAAAGGCUAUCUUGACAACCGAACUGCAGUGUAUUCUGUUACACCAGGUGGUCAAGAAAAUCAGAGCCAUCCUUUUGUUGCAAAACAUUUCAAUGUUGUCGACCCGUUACGCACAAACAACAAUCUUGGACGCAGUGUGAGCAAAGGCAAUUUCUUCAGGAUACGUAGUGCUUUUGCAUAUGGGGCCAAAAGACUGGCCAGAUUACUUGAAUGUCCAAAAGAUGAGAUAAUCACUGAAGUGAAUCAAUUUUUUAUAAACACAUGGAAAAGACAUGGGAUUGGUGAUCGACCUGAUGCUCCUAGCUUAGAUUUAUGGCACUUGCAACCACCGAAAACUGAUCCUAUUAAGCAAUCAAACAACUUCAAAAGCACUACAAGUGUCAAGAAGAAUUUUCAAAAUGGUGUAUUGCAGGUUGGUGAGGAGCAUCUGGCUGAAACUGGUUACAAUUUUCAUAGUUCCAUCUCUAAAAUCUUUAGCGACAAUCAGAACCUAUUUAGAUCAAAUAAACCAUCUGCAGUUUCUCAUGUGGAGAGCCAAACAAAUUACAGCAAGCAGGUCAAUACGAGAGUCAGUAAUCAGCUGGAGAGAAGCUAUUACUCUAGUGGAUCUGUUCAAAGUGACAAAGACCAGAAAAUAUUAAAACCUAAUUACUUUUUCAAUGACAGGGAAGAACAGGUUAAAUUUCAUUUUGGAAGGACGAGAUCUAGUCCUGAACUGACAGAGACAUUUUUUAAUUUGUCUCAGAAAAGGCAUGGCAGAUCAAUAGAAACAGUGAAGGUUCAGAAUCGUGCAAAGUUUGAUUCUGAUAUCAGACGAAAGAACUUGGGCUCUGAUAUUACAGGCAGUCACAGUUCAAAGUCUUCUCUUGAUGAUAAUAUAUCAAUGAGACAGACUUCGUCUCAAAAGAAUCUUGAAGUUGCUUCUGGUGCAAUUAGUCUUUCAAAUAGCCAUCAGGGUGAUUUUGGCUUUGGUAACAUGGUGGAGGAGCUUGCUUCUGUUUCAGAGACACUGCAGAUGCAACAGGAAGAACAGGAUUUGGUGAAUAUGAUGGGAUCUUCCAACAUUAACAGUUUUAGUGGGCAGGUUCAAUUGCCAAUGCAUCUAUCUCCUUUUCAUCUGCCCCUAACAUAUUCAACAUCUGUGGGUUAUUUCAAGGGAAAUAUGGCUGGAGUUGUACCCUCGAAUCUAUCUAUACUUGGGCCUCCCUAUGGACCCAAUAUCCAGUUUGGUCCAGGUCUUGUUUCCUUCCCUCUUUCCAGUUACUUCCAUGCUGCCACAUUUGGUUCAAAUGCAGAUGAUGCCGCAUAUGUUAAUAAUGGUUCUUCCAUGAUGGAAGUCAGCUCAGAGGAUAAUGAUUGUGGCAAGUUGCGUGAAGAUGAUGUUGUACUCUCCAGAGAGUUUGAGCCUGAUGAAAGUGGUCCACAGAUUAUUCAUGCUGAUGACAAGCAACAGAAGUUAGACGGUAGCUUAACCUCAAGUCUCGCAGCAAGUGGCAUUGGGUCUGGUUCAUCACCCCGGGGCCAGUUGGGUAGAGAAAACAGAAGUUCGACUAAAGAAGAUUAUAAUAGUUCCUUCCAAGGUAAAACAAGUAGAGGAGGUGAUUUCCAGAGUUCAAACCCGAGGUUCUUCCCUCUGUCGCAGGCAAGUUCUUCCAGAACCAGACCUGCAUCAGAAAAUCUGAGGGAUAGAUCAGCUGCAAAUAUCUCAAAGUCAGCAAGGGACAAAUGGGGGAGAAAACCAGUGUCUCCUUCAAUUUCAACUUCCUCUUUUGGAAAAGAAAACAGUCGGUUGCAAUUUGAGGGUUCAUCUGACCAUGUCUUUUCGAAGGUAGAAGAUGAUAUUUCAGGCUGGAUUCCUCUGUCAACCAUGGGAAACAAUAUGUCUGAAAGAAUUACAGAAUCUUCAUCUUCAGCUUCCUCACAUGUGAUGAGCCAUCAUCCACCUGGCUGGGGAUCAGCACAAAAUCAAUUGGAUCCACGGACCCCAACUGCACCGGUGCUUGUUGGCACUUCCCAGCAGAGGGGUGUGGAUUAUUCCAAGCUUCUGCCUAUGGCAUUUGUUGCGACCGGUCCACCAGUUCCAUACUUGAUGUUUCCUUAUGGUAAUUUCACAUCCAAUACAGGAAAACCUGAUGAAUAUGCAAGACAAUUUGAUAGAGAGGAAGAAUCAGAUCAGUUUGAUGUAAGCACUGCUGGUCAGAACAUCGAUUUAGUGGAUAGCUUUGUCCAGUCUGAGGCUUUCGUUACCCAAACUGUUUCAAGAGAUUAUGCACCUGAAACCUCCGAGGAGCCUAGUUCUGACAUUCUGAACAGUGAUCUAAAUGACCAUUGGCAGAAUCUGAUAUAUGGACGGUACUGCCAAAACUCCAAUCACGGACCUUUCGUGUACUCUUCCCCUGUUGCAGGGCAACCGAUUUAUCUUCCCAGUCAUCAUCUGUGGGAUGGUCCUGGCAGACCACUUGCAGCUAAUCUGAACUAUAUACCUAUCAUGGGUCAUGGUCCUCGACUUGUGCCUAUGAUGCCUCUUCAAACUGGUCCUGAUCAGGCUCCUGGUGUCUUCCAGCGUCAUGUAGAUGGAGCACCAAGAUAUCGGGGUGGUACUGGCACCUAUUUACCAAAUCCUAAGGUUUCCUUUAGAGAUCGACAGUCAAGUUUGAGAAGCCACCGAGGGAACCGUAACUAUGACCACAAUGAUCCUGUGGAUAGAGAAGGAAGAUGGGUCCACUCAAAAUCAAGAGCUUUUGAUCGCAGCUAUGGACGCAACCAGGCUGAGAGGUCAAGUUUGCCGCCUGACCACCUGGCUGCAUCAAGAAACCAAGACGUUAAAAAAUGGGUGUCAUACGGGCAUGAGCCUCUUGCCUCAUACCAAGGCUCUUUCGCAACAAUAAAUUCAUCACAUAACCUAGAAAAUGCAUUAGGAAUGUAUCCACAAAACGCAGUUGGUUCAAACGGUGUCACUCCACCUGACUCCACAAAUCCUCCUGCUGUGUUGGUGUACCCAUAUGAUCAAGGAGUUGGUUAUGGUUUACCUGCUGAACCACUAGAGUUUGGCUCUCUAAGACCUAUGCAUCUUUCUAGUGGCAAUGGAGCACCUAGGGUAAGUGAUGGAAUUGCAGAGGGUGAGCUCUUUGAUCAAAGACACAGAUCAUCUUAUGCUGGUGGAGGAGGUUAUCGAUCUUCUCCAGAUCAACCCUCUUCACCUCAGCCACAGAUGUAGUGCUUAUUUUCAAUUUUAGUUUUCCAUUUCUUUUCUGUUGUACAUAUUCUUGUUGUAGUUAUUUUUCGGGGAAAUGUAAAAUACAGUUUAGAAGCAAAUAAUGACAGCCAUCAUUGAUAUGAUCCUUGAGUUUUCA